AAUAUUUUUCUAAAAUAGUGGAGGUUAGUUUAUAAAUAUGUUUUUGCUCUGUUGGCGAGAAACGAAUUACGAUGCUAUUUUGUAAAGUGCAAAAUUCUAGGUCAUUCGCGAGAUGUGUUGCUUGUUGAGGUGUGAUGUUCCUUUGAUUUUAUACAGUUCUUUUAAGAGUGCAUUUAGUUGAAUAUUUGAUCGUAUAGGGUCGUCGUUCGCGGGUAUUAACGUGAAGUUGCUCGUUUUUUGACAUAAAAUGUUUGUGUAACUUCGCGUGCAUUCAAGCACGUCUCAAGUUUAUGUUUAAGAUUUUUGUACGUUGGGAUUUUGCUCUGAUUAAUUUUUUUUUGAUAGUAAAGUGUUUCCCCAAAAAAUCUAAAACAUACUUUAAUUUCCAAAGGAGUCAAGCCAGCUCCUAUCAGUGAGUGUUUGGAGUUUAACACCAAACCCUGUUCAAGUGAGUCGCCGUUAUGUUGUAGUUGUGGUUAGCUCAAAAUUGAUUUUUUCCUAUUUGAGAGAUCAUAAUAUUAGAUAAUUAACACCUUUCCCUAUCAGCUUAUUGUUAUUGUUAUUUUUGCUGUUGUUCGAUUGUAUGCAUUAUCAUUUGCAAUGGUCGCAGUACCUUGUAUUAGUUUAAAUUGUCGUAGUGAGCAUUGGAUCCUCGUAUACGCACUACGCUAUUGCGAACUGUCCCAUCUUUGGCUUUUAAAAAAGCAAGCCUUAGAUUUUUAAGAAGAUAUCGAACGAUUCAACUAUAUGCAUUCAUUUUAAAUAGUAUUAGCAACACCAACAUUACAAUCACCUUUAAUUAAACUGCGAAAUUAGUUUUGUUCAAGGCAUUGCAGCCCAUAUUAACUGUAUGUUUUUUUCACAAUACUGAGCUGUCAUACGUCAUCCUAUUUUAUUUGAAAAUUAAUUUCGAACUUUUAUUGCAUUCUUAAGUGGAUAAAAAAACGUGAUUAACAAUUGGUAAAAUAAUCACCAUUUUUUAUUACAUGCAGCAGAUAUCUUGCACAUUCAGAUGUCUGAAAUGACAAAUGUAACCAAUUUUAAAAGAUUGUUAAUAAAAAUAUAUCAGCUACUGCAGUUUACUCUAAAAUGGUAGAAAUUGUCUGUAAUUUUCUGUGGUGAAGUUUGCACAUCUUUGCUUUUAGAUCAAUUGUUGUGUUGGGAGGCAAAGUGUUAAUGAAGCCUCACUGUUUGCAGCUAAUUUAAUUUGCAAACUGUCUGUUUUUAUCACUGGUUCUUGAUUUUGUUCAUGACAUCUUUGACUUGUUUUAAUUGAUUCUUUUUUCAAGUUUUUAAUGAGGACAUAUGUGAUAAUUAGCCAAAAAAAUGCAGAAAGGCUUUUUUGCUUGUAAAUGAAAUCUAUAAUUUCACUUUGCUAUCCAAUCAGGUUUUAGCAUUGCAUUAGAUGAAAGAUUCAAUCACCUUUUCUGUGUCACAGAACGAUCUGGUCUGGAAUUCUUGUAUAAGAUCGAAAAAAAAAAAAGAAUCUAAGGAAGAGUCAAACAUAUAUUUUUCCAGGCAUGCAAUUUGAACUUUAUUACUAAUUCUGUGAAAACUUUUAAAACUUCCUUUAAUUGGUAGAAAUGAAACAUGUCUGUUAUUUCAUGUUCAUGAUAACUGUUUGAAAUUUUUAUGUAGAAAGUCAGGGGUUUCAACAGGAAUUAGUAACUGGCAAAAAUUGUCUAUGUGAAGCAAAAUAGCUGUCUAUUUUCUCUGCAAUUAACAAACUUAUGGUAAAAAACAAACCACUUCUUGUCUACUUCAAAACUUAUUGAAACCUCUGGAAAAUUACACAUUGGACUACUUGUGUAACAAAUCUAAACAUAGUUAAUAUGAUCUGUGUAGGACAUUUAAAAUUUGGUUGUAAUGACAGAUUGCUAAAUUUUAAUUAUGAUGGAACAGAAAGAAUUAAUUGUUUACAAUUUGAUUUUGAAUUAAUGAUCUAAUGAGGUGGUUGCAUCCCGUGGGUGGUCAUAUGUUGGGUUUCCAAUGUAUCUGAAAACAAUUUCACCCUUUCAAUCCCAAGAUCUGAAUGCCAUUUCUCCACACUGUCUGCUUUAAAUUUUUUGUGAUGAUGGCUUUGAGAAUUUAGCGCUGAAUCAAACAAUAUCCCAAAGCUGAUAUUUUUCUUUCUUCUCAACACCAUUCUGCUCAAAAGGUAACAAUAUUGAAAGGAGAAAAUCCUUUUUGGUCUCUCCUGGGUAAAAAAAUAUUGUUAUUGCUAAAUGUGGAAAGUUUUUAAUAAUUAAGAACCAUGUUUGUUUUUUUUUCAUAGAAGUAGUCAGAAUAUUCUAGUUUUGUAUUCCUUGAGAAGUGUUUUUAGAGGUUCAACUGAAAGAUUCUAAAUUUCCCUAAAACAAUAAACAAUAUGCCCACAAAUGAACUAACAAUCCUAUGGCUUUUUUCCACAGGUAAAACUUCAUGAUCUUGAAAUUACAAUUUAAUUCAAGUGAAUGAAUUCUGAAAUUGGUUUUGAAGAAAAAAAUCAGGUUGCAGAAAUUUAUUGGUAUGAUCAAAAUGAAGCAAUUAAAAUUUUUGUAUAUUAUUAAAUUGGUGUGUUUGAAUAAAAACAUUAUAUAUGUAUAAUUGAUUAUGCUGAAUUGUCUUCAUUUUGCCCUAAUCUUUCACAAUGACAGAAACACAGGAUCUGCAGUUAUCAGUAAAUAUGUCUGUUCCUCCUCGUCCUGAUCCACCCAUUGUUGGUAAGGUGACUCAUAACAGCAUAGAGCUGUACUGGAGAGCUCCUGAAGUUGUUGAUCAAGGCAAGGGAGACAGCCGGUUGAGAUAUUGUAUUCAAGAAGAGGAACUGGGCCCAAGGUCCAAAGGAUUUGGCAAUGUCUAUUCGGGUUACAGUAAAAUGUAAGUAUAUCAUGCUUUAUCUCAUCUAAGGUCAUAGGCAAUCCUUCAUGUUCUCGUUUUCAUGCAGUACCUGUUAUUUCCGUCUAAAAUUCCUCAGAAUUCUUGAAAAUGUGACAUAAAAGGAAUGCUCUCCUAGUUUGAAAAUUUAUCUGACCUGUUGUGUUUAAAAUAAGGGCCAAGAGCACUGAAUUCUCAUGGAAAUAUUAUCAGUAGUGUUUCCGUAAAAUGUCAACUGAAAGUCCUUUGUCAGAGACAUGGGAACAUACUUAGAGACAAUCUGAGUUUUUCAUUACAACUUGUAUCCUUUCUUUGUGAUCAUUGUUUUCAUGGUCUACUACCAAACUAUAGAGAAUUUGUGGGAAAAGUAAAGUUAGUGUUUUUUUUCAAGUUCAUCAGGAGGGGGUCAUUAGUACCAACCCAUCUAAUUAAAAUUUAAGUCUGUUAUGAUUGACACAGCUUUGCACAAUUUUCUUCUGAAUCACCUGGUAAUUUUCUUUGAGUCACGCCCAUGCAAAAACCUCUCCAUUGCUUUAACUUUUUAUUCCAAAUAAACACCCUUAUUGGCUAAAGUGAGACCAUGCUCCUAUCAAAAUGAGUGUUGUAUAUUUUCAGAGCUCUUUUAAGUGGCUGAGAAAAUGACCCUCCCCCUAUUAGACCUUCCCCUUUCUGAAAAGAAUAAAAAAUUGUUCAAACUUUCUCACAGAUCAUUUUAGUGAAAUUAUGAAGAGACUAUUUUGAUGAUUUGUGUCCUGGUCCUAUCAAGCAUCUCAAAAGAAACUUACCAUUCAAUACAAUAACAACUUGUUGUGGAUCUAGAGUUGCCAGUGCCCCAGCACUAAAUUUUAAUAGGUGGUGUUAUCAUUUUCACCCCCCUCGACUCAUUUUUCCUUCAUUACCUUUAUUUUUUGCCCUUUACACCCUAACAUCAGUAUGCAGUUUCUCCAAACUGGUAUCUAUACAUUUUCCAAUAAAUCUUUUAAGGAGAAUUUGUUUAACAAUCAAGAGCCUCUUUGGUUGGGGGACCAUUUCCUUUAUUCUCAUGACCUUAAUGUUUGAUGAAGGGCUAAUGUUGUUUGCUAGCUAGGAGAGAUUAAAUGCUACAGUCAUUCUCAAAGGUCAAAUGGUGCAGAAAAUUGUCAGUAAGAAACUUUCAAGGUGAAGCUAGGUGUAAAAAAGGCUUUGCUAUUUAAGAGCUACUUUAUUUUUCAGUAAGUUUCUCCUUUCUUUUCAACAGGAAUGUUUUUGAAGGUCUGGAGGCUCGCACACAGUACCGAUACAGACUGAAGUGUAUGAAUGAUUUUGGUUCAAGUGCCUGGAGUGCUGUUGUCACUGUGUCAACCACAAAGAAACCUCAAACCAGCGAAGAUCUCCAGAGGGCUGUCACUAAGGGAGAUGUGGAGACUGUCAGAAAUAUUCUGCCUGGUAAGUUUACGAUGCUCAUGUUCUUUUCCGUUAUUACUCCACCUCUCUCUACAGGGAAACACUUAUGGAGGAUCGUUAGAACAAAAAAAUAUAUAUUAGAAAAAAAGGUACUGAAUGAAAUGAAAUAAAAAGAUGAAAUGGAAUAAAAAGGGUUCGCUCUUUCUUAAAGGACUCAACACUUGGCUUCUUUACUCUAUAUUUAGGAAAAGGUUUCUGUAAUGCACGGUAAAAAAAUUAAAAAGUGACAUAAUAUUGUAAUUUACGUGGUAUGGAAUCAAUGGGAAUGGAAAUGAACACCUGUGGGAGAGCUGUUUCAUUUUUCUGAAUUAAUCAUGGGUUCAGCACCAACCAACAAUGAUUCCUUGCCUAUAAACUAAAUCCAGUGACUCUGCAAUUGUCCAAAAUAUUCCUUAAAAAGUUUCCUUUUCUUUAAGUUUUCAGGGAUACUGUUAAUUAAGACCUUUUUGUGUAUGUUCUUUGGAUAUGUUAUCAAUCUGAACUGCGCUUACUGAAAUCACUAAUUUUUGUUAAGGUGUAGGCGACCAGUAAUUAUUCUGGAUCUUUGUAACAGGGGCUUCAAUAACAGCCAGUUACCUACAGACUACUGCCACCUGUAUGCUCUCUUACCGCCUUCUGUUAGCCUGUGAGCAGGCUCUAAUGUUUUGUUUUCGCCUUACAGCCCCUUUUCCGGGCACAGCGGCCUAUUAUACUAUCAGCAGCCGCCAAGAGGAAAAAGUUAUUGAAACCGCUGUUGUUUGGUCGGGCCGGACGGGAAAAAUGUUGGCUCAAUUUCAUGACAUACAGACCAAGCGCAGCGAGGUCCGUGCGCCAUGACGGAGAGCCAAAUGUUUUCCCGUUCGGCCCGACCAGACAUAGCCGAUGAGUAUUUCAUCAUAUGGCCAAUAACUAUUGAAAAUUUCGAAAAUUUUGUUUCAGACUUAAUAUGACGCGAUAGACGGGCGCCCGCGGGCAAUAAAAAAGAUUCUACAAUAGAAAGUUUUCCUCUGUUUUUUCGAGUCAGAACAACUAAACCACAACUCAUCGAAAAACCGCGACUUUUUUUACUCUUUCCUUCCUUUUCUUUAAGUUUUUGCAGCAGAGCUGCGUGAGGGCAGGGCCGGAUGGCUUUUCCGGACCGGCUCACGUCAACCCGUCCGGCCCCACACACCUCAGCUUUCACUGUUGCUUUUUUUGGGGGAUUACGCGUGCGGGGCUUUACGGGCCUUAUGAUGAUUAUGCACAAGCGAAGGAGUGAAGAGUUCGUGAAUGUCUUCAACAGUAGUAUUCUAUACUGACUGACAGCAGACUCUAAAAGAGUGGGAUAUUCAGUAAAUCUAGCAAAGCUGGUUCAACUUCUGUCAUCUAUCUCUGAUUUUUGGUCGAUGGUUUGUUUGUCGUCUGUCAGCCAACUUCUAUCUGUAAGUUAACUGACUGUUAUCGGACGUGUCUGACAGCUUACAGGUUCUUACUGAUCGUUGAUAUGUUGGUCAAAUGUUACUAAGUUGUUAGCUGACAGUUUACCAACAGUCAGUAAAGGGGGCUCUUAUAGCUUUUAGCCAAAAUUUGGCAUUAAAUUUCUUACUUACAGACUGGCAAUUCUGUAUUUUAGGACUUAGCUGGCAAGCAGUUGAUUCCCCCGACAAGUUUGGUUUAUCACCACUCAUGAUUGCAGGUAACACAAUCCACUGCUAAUUACUGACACAAUUACUGAAACUAAAACUAUGACGUGGUUUUGACGAUAAAUUGUUCGAUGUUUCCGUCACAUUUCACAAUCAUAAAUUGGAAAAUUUUUUAAGUUAAAUGAACUAUAUAACUUACUUACUUUGGUAUCAUCAAUAACCAGUUCCAUUUGAUGGAAAAUAUUUCAGGAAUUUAUUCUUCACUGUGACAUAUUCUAAUGACUAUGAAUACUUCUUUUCAAAAUUCCUGUUCGUUGCAUCUGUUACAAAUUGUUAUACCAGCUAACUAUGAACAAUUAUUUCUUCUCAAUCAGCUUUAGCUUCGUCCUCUUUUUUAGGUUUUUCUCACCAGAUCUGCAAGCUUUGCAGGGUUGUUAGUUUCCCACCUGGACAGUGGUAACAUAUCGAAAUUAAAUUGUUUUUUCCAAUGGUAUUUUAGCCCAAAAAGGUUAUGUAGAUGUGGCACGAGUUUUGCUGGAAACUGGCGCAGAUGUGAACUUUCAAAGCAGCAGUGGAAAAACAGCCUUGAUGAUGGCUUGCUUCUCAGGUUUAUAACUUGUGAUAUUAUAUAUCUUUAGUAAGUUGAUACGUGCGCUACGAUUAGUCAACUUAGCUGGCUUUACUUCACUGUAUGGUCCGCUGAAAUUCAAAAUUCUGUUUGAAUUGAGAUCUUGCCCCUCUAUCGGAUUCCAAACAUGUAAUAAUAUCUUAUUAGCUUCAUUUUAUCGGUCCGUACUGUAAAUUAUGAAACCAAGUUUUUCCUCGCGAAUUUAUUACCUGAGGGCCUCGCGCUUGGGGCAUAAUCCCGAGCGGUAAAAAGCUCGGUCCGUGACUUACAGUACGGGCGUCGCACUUGGUUAGUAAGACGCAUUUAGCUUUCGCCAAAGGUCCAAUCUUUGUAAACGGCAAUUUUAAACUUGACGGAAAAUGUUUCCGCUGACAUACUUUGUCAAAAAAUUUGUCAUCUCUCCAACUUCUGUGAUCUGUAAUUGUAUCUCUUGGCCCUGAUGAUUGCUAUGUUCGAUCGGUUUUUUAGUUGAAUUGUGGCUCUCAAAGCUUUCACACGAAAGCGGGUUCUUCUGUUAAUUCGUGGAGUAGUGUGCCGCCCGCGUCUCCAAGUCACCUCACCUAUUCAGGAGGCAAAUGUGUUGAUAUGAUCUCGUGACUCCCGUGAAAAACGUAUUCGAAUUAAAAUCAUAAUGGCCAAAAUCUAUACGUUUAAGCUUACAAAGCUGCUUUUAAAUAACUUAAAAGUUUUGGACUACAGUACACUUUGUUUUUGCCCCAGUUUGAGUUCCGCAGGGUUCGAGUUAUCGAGAGUAAAAUUAGAGCAAUUGUGUAAUGAAAACGCAGAAGAUAUCGAUUGUGGCUCGAGUUCACGUGAUGUGUGAGUCAACUAUGGUUUAAACCUUUGAACCCUAAGAGGGACUAGCAUCUAAUUUCUCCUUACAAUAUCACCCCUGAAUCAAAUAUUUAGGUCACAAGAACAAAGGAAAUGAUCAACGACUAAAGAAGCUCUUGAUUUUUAAACAAAUUCUCCUUGUCAGCACCUUAGGAAAUAUAUAGAGUACAGUAUGGAGAAUAGUGAAAUUGUCCGGUGUUGACUUUCAUUGGCCUGGGUAGUUCUAAUUUAGACAUUCUUACGUUUUCUAAAACACAUCUGUUCAUGACGUUUUUUAUAAACUCUUGCAGGAAAUGUGGAGGUUGCGCAGCUGUUAAAACAACAUAAGGCUGACUGGGAUUUAGUGGAUAGGACAGGCUCAACAGCCCUUCACUGGGCGGUCGACGGAGCAAAUUUGGAUAUGAUCCGCUGGAUGCUUCAAGAUGGCUGCCGAGUGGACGUCAAAGACGAAACCUCAGGUGAUUCUAGAAUCGUUGUAAGACACGCAGGAAGCGGCUAGAGGGGGAAACGGUGUAGGAGGAAGAACGACGCUUAGUCGAGGUCGAAUGUUGUGACGUCUCUAGUGCUCAAGCCACUCCCUAAGAUAACGAGGCAGAUCUUGAAGAACAUUUGAUACGCAGCUAAAAUUUGGCAAAGAUAUCCAAAAUCACUGCUUUGGUAUACUCCCCUGAUGAAUUAUAAAAAGAAAAAUUAUUUCAUCGUCGAAUGCGUUUAUUACAAAAAAGUAUGUAUAAAAAUUUGUCGUGAGUGUUGGACAAAGAAACAAUCUGACUAGGAUCCGAGGAUCGAACAUCAGCUGUUUCUAUUUUCGUGGUAGGAUGCUGUGCCAACUGGUCAUAAGUCACAGAGAAAUCUUGAUGUGCAAUGCUAUUUACGAAGUUCAUGUUUGACAAGAGUUCUGUAUGCAACAAGUAUUAUCAAUGUCGCCAGCAUCUUGUGUGAACAAUAAUAACGAUGACUAAUUUUGAGCUUGCCUACGAAUAUACCCCCAAUGACUUUGCAAAGAAUUUGAUUUAGGAACUUGUGGCACAAAGUACGUGUGUUCGGUGGUGAGGUUUCAAUUCUAUCAUCGUAGAUUACCAAAUUUCGACGAGCAAUUCUGAUUCAUAGGUAGAACGAACAUCCACUGGCGCAUUGCAGAUUUUUCUCUGCUCGAAAAUGUUUGUUUAUGAGAUAUUUAUGUCGGUCUGCUUUGCGAUAAUUUUUUGUAGGCUGGACUCCUCUGAUGAGAGUAGCCGCUGUGAGCGGUAAUGUGAACGUUGCCAAGGUACUGAUACAUCAUGGGGCCAAUGUGCACACAAUGGACAAGGAAGGGAAAACGACUCUGAUGAACGCUGCACUUAAUGGCUUUGAAGCGCUUGUUAAGCUUCUCGUUAAAAAGGGUGUCCCUGUCAAGCUGAAAUCAGAGCACGGCAAAACGGCGCUGGAUUUUGCCAGGUCUUUUGAACACGAAAGGGUGACUCACUUUCUGCAAGAGCAUGUAGAGGCUUUGAGGAAGGCUGACAACGAACGCAAAUUGGCUGAAGCGAAGGAAAGAAGGCACAGCCGAGAGCAGAUUGAAAGUCACGGCUUAAAAUCCGUUACAAACGGUGCACAGAAUGCAACAUCAGAGGCAGUGGUGUCGUAACUGAUGUUUGAAACAAAAACGGUUUAAAGCCAUGAGAUAUUAAAUUUAGUUAUCAUCAAUUCCAGUUCAUGUGUAACCCUUUAGCUCCUGGAAGAGUUAAACUUGUAACUUCUCCCUAUAAUAUCCAUGCAUGAAUCAAACAGGUCAUGAGAAUUCUCGAAAUUAUCAGAUACAAGUUGUUACCUUGAUCCAACACUAAAUCAUUUUCAAUAAUUUACAAGGAAAUGUAGAGCAGCUAGAGGGGAGAAUCGAGAAUCAGAUCUUGGAAGUUAAAGGGUUAACAGCCCUUUUUGGGUCAAUUUUAAAAUGUCAGUGGGAUUUUUAAUACCUUUCUCGACUAAAAUCGCCCGUUACCGUUUGCGACAGCCUUUCUAUUGAUUUGCAAAGGUGAUUUGAAGUUUACUUUCACGGUUUAAAAGUUUAUACAGACAAUUGAGUAUACCGUGUACGACAACCAUUGUAUUGUUCCAAAAUGUGAUGAAGUUAAUUUCACGGUUUUAAAGUUUGUACAGAAAAUUGAGUCAAAUACUUGUUAAUAUAUUUCAUCUUAAAUUUAUUUAAUUCCUGUGAUGAAAGCGAACUUCGUCAAAGCUUUCAUUGGUAGAGGCAAAUAUGCUACUCCGUAAUUUGCUGAAUUUCAGACAGAAAUAAAAAGUUUUAAUU